AGGCAUCCUCUCUAUUUUUUUCUUUUUUUUCCCUCUGGCAACGACGCUCCGUACAUCUUCUCGGCUCUUCCGGAACGAGAGCACUCUCUCAGGCCACAUGCUCGCUUGAGCCUUGUCCAUAGCUUCUGAGCCUGAAAUAGCCGCCGCCGACUACAAUUUUGGGACCAUGGCGACCUCUAUUACCUCCGUCGAAUUGAAUUUUCUCGUCUUUCGUUACCUCCAAGAAUCAGGCUUCACACAUUCAGCUUUUGCAUUAGGAUAUGAGGCGGGCAUCAAUAAAAGCCCCAUUGAUGGGAAUUUGGUUCCACCUGGUGCGCUGAUAACAUUUGUACAGAAAGGACUUCAAUUCUUGGAGAUGGAAGCAAACAUGACUUGCCAGAGUGACACAGAUUUAGAUGAAGAUUUCUCAUUCUUACAACCCCUAGAUCUCAUUACAAAAGAUGUAUAUCAAUUGCGGCAAAUGGUAAAAGAAAAAAAGAGAAAUUUGCAGAAGGAUAGAGAUAAGGAUAAAGAGAAUGGCAAGGAACAUGAAGGAGAACACACACGAGUUAGAGAGAAGGAAAAGCAUGAAAGGGAGAAAGAACGAGAAAAGGACAAAGAGCAAACAGUAAAGGAUAAGCAGCCAGAAAAGCAGCCAGAAAAACAGCCAGAAAAACAGCCUGAUGAACGUAAUGAAAGAGAUAUGGAUACUGAUCAAGAAGAUAGAGAAAAUGUCAAGCAUGAGGGAAAUGGAGUUUCUGGAGUUAAUCAUGAAGGGGUAGAGCCAAUGGAUAUCUCAACGGAUUUAACUUCUCACGCAUUUCAAAUACCUAGUUCUGAUGUGACAAUUUUGGAAGGACAUACUUCUGAGGUGUGUGCGUGUGCAUGGAGCCCUACUGGUUCUCUUCUUGCAUCAGGAUCUGGAGAUUCAACAGCUCGUAUUUGGAACCUAUCAGAUAAAAGCAGUGUAUCUGGCAUGAAUGGUUAUUCAUCUGUUCUGGUGCUGAAGCAUGUUAAGGGUAAAACUAAUGAGAAAAGUAAAGAUGUCACAACGCUUGAUUGGAAUGGGGAGGGAACCUUGCUCGCAACAGGUUCAUAUGAUGGGCAGGCUAGAGUUUGGAAUGUAAACGGUGAACUGAGGAGUACAUUGAGCAAACAUAAAGGACCCAUAUUUUCUCUCAAGUGGAACAAAAAAGGUGAUUAUCUUCUCACCGGAAGCUGUGAUAAAACUGCAAUAGUGUGGGAUGUGAAAUCAGAGGAAUGUAAACAACAAUUUGAUUUUCAUGGAGGUCCAACACUUGACGUAGACUGGCGAAACAAUAAUUCAUUUGCAACAAGCUCCACAGACACCAUGAUACAUGUAUUCAGGAUUGGAGAACCUCGCCCUAUCAAAACUUUUGCUGGACAUCAGGGUGAAGUUAACUGUGUAAAAUGGGAUCCAACUGGUUCAUUGUUGGCUUCAUGCUCCGACGAUAUAUCUGCAAAGAUCUGGAGUAUGAAGAACGAUAAGUAUGUUCAUGAUUUAAGGCAGCAUUCUAAGGAGAUAUACACGAUUAGAUGGAGUCCUACUGGCCCUGGGACAAGCAAUCCUAACCUGCAGUUGGUGUUGGCAAGUGCGUCAUUUGACUCUACUGUGAAGCUGUGGGAUGUAGAACAGGGGAAACUUCUCUACAGUUUGAAUGGACACAGGGAGCCUGUAUAUUCUGUUGCCUUUAGCCCAAACGGUGAAUAUUUGGCGAGUGGAUCUCUUGAUAGAUCCAUGCAUAUCUGGUCGCUGAAGGACGGCAAGAUCGUGAAAACAUACACUGGUUAUGGAGGCAUAUUUGAAGUUUGUUGGAACAAGGAAGGUGACAAAAUUGCCUCCUGCUUCGCGAACAAUAGAGUUUGUGUUUUAGAUUUUAGGAUGUAAUGUGAGCGGUUCCUCUUCUCUUUUAUUGAUAAUUAUUAGUAGUGGUAGGUCUCCAAUAUCUUGCAGUUAGUUUGGUUUGGUCAUUGGAGUGUUGUGGGAAAAAAGAUGUGUUCAAUGUUGGUAGCUUGCAUUAACCUUAGAUGGGGCAGUUUCUCACUGACUUUUUAAAGCAGUUAUCACACAAUUGUGAAAAAGCUAAUCUCUGUAGGAAUGUACUAAUGACAAGAUUGUAUAGAAUUGUUUAGAGUCUUUA